AUGUUCCUUAGCGUGGAGUUUACUUCAAAAGGAUAUAUUCCCAAUCAUCCAAUUUCAUUUCUUGUAGAAAAUAUCGUACAAAGAGGAGCUUCUUUGUUGUUAAGAGCUUUUACGUAUAAAAUUCUACCUCGGGAAGAAAUUGCUGAAGUAGAUUCCAGAUUUGAAAACUCUGUUACCAAACUGACAGAAUCAGGCAAACUGGUAAGGAAAUAUAUUACGGAACUAAAUAGCAAGGAUCAGCUCGUAAUCAGUGAAUAUGAUCGUGUACAGUUAAAAAAAGACAUGUUAUACAUUUAUGAAAACACACUUGCUGGAGCCAUUAAACACAGAAACAGAAUAAUGGCAUUACAAAUUGAACAAGAAUAUAAUUUAGUUUGA